AUGUCGCUUGAUAAUAUUCUUGAUAAUAUUGUUAAUACCGUUCAAGGUCUCUCUGAAGAGCCUAAUAAAUUAAGUGAGAAUGAGGAGGCCAAUUUAUACGCAUAUCUCAUAGACAAAUAUACUGAAUUAGCUGGUGUGGAAAAAUUACUUAAUCUCUGCAAGACAAAUACUGCUAAGCUUGUAUACUUGAAAGCGCUAUCGAAGAAAUCUGUUUCUGGUAAUGUUUCUGAUAUAACUUCUCUGAAGAGAGAAUUUGAGAAAAUCGUUAAAGAAGAAGUAAGGGAUCUUAGACAUGAAGUAAAGAGAAUUCGACUCCACAGUGAAAUAAUGUGGUUUAGCGCUCCAGUUACUACUACGGAAACUGAUAAGGGUAAUUUUGUAAAAAAAUAUGGUACUCCUCUUAAUUUCCCAUUUAAAUUGACCACGACUACUCGAAGAAUAGAACAUGGAAAGUUUAGAAAUCCACCUAACAUUGAGGUCCCAGAAAAUAUAUUACAAGAAUAUUUUAUUAACGAAUGUAGAGCAUUACAAUCAUUGAAGGACUCAGUGCUUAUGGUUGAAGACUCGCAUUCUAUUCCAUUCCUGGCUACUCGAAAACCAGAUUUUGUAUUCAUUCCAAAAGGGUGUCCUCUAGAUGCAUUACAUGUCGUAGCAGUUGGUGAAAUAAAAAAACGAAUCAGCAAUGAAUUUACAAGUGCAGCUAUAGGGCAUGCGGUGUCAUUUGGAGAAAAAGUACUUCAACUUCAGCCAAGACGAGCCUAUGUAUAUGUGGUGUUAACAGAUUGCAGACUUAUUUGUAUUUAUAAGGUUACUAGGAAAAACGUUAAUGCCAGUGACAAUGCCCGAUUCUCAUAUGAAUACACAUUACCUAAGCCCUUAAAAUACGAUAGCAAAGAUUGUCCUCCAGCUGGGUGGAAAUACUUGGUAACAAUUAUGGAAAGUUCUCAGAAUCAGCUUGGAUGGAUUGAUCCAUCGCUGAAAUUCGGCUCAGAUGUUGUAAAUCUAGUUCGAUCCAUCAAUACAGGCAGAACUAGCAUUGUGUAUGAAGGAAAUAUUAAUGAUAAAGAUUCUGUAGCCGUAAAAUUGAUUAAAGGAGAAGAAUAUUUAUCUUGUUUUUCAAAAGAAAAAGAAGUACUGAAUGAGUUUUCAAGUCUAAAUUCACCUCAUCUUCAGAAACUUCUCCUAGGUGAUGAGGGCGCCCUUGUUACAACUCCUCUUGGUAAGAAAGUCAAUAAUCUGAAAAAAGAGGAUAUUAAAAAUAUCAUUAACACCCUGAAGACGGUUCAUUCAGAUUUCAAUCGCGUACAUAUGGACCUUCGUAGAUAUAACUUCCUUCGUGAUAAUAACGGAAACAUUGUGAUCAUUGAUUGGGGAUAUAGCGUAAAAAUCAAUGAAACUGGAAAUUUUGCGGGAGCACUUGAAGUUAUGCCUGACGAUAUCCUGACAUCAUUGACCAAUGAAAAACAAAUUACUUAUUUACCGAGAAUUGACUUGAUAUGUUUGAUAAGGGCAUUUUAUUUGAUGCUUCAUAAACCGACAAACGCGGAAAUGAUAAGGAUAGCCUUUGAUGGAGCUCCUGACAUCAAAUCACGGGCUCAAAAUAUAUUGACCUUCUGGUCAUAUCAUGGAAAAUCCGAUUUGUGGAAAAAAAUCUAUCAACAAGCGAGUGAGUUGAACUACGAUAAUUUAAUCGAAGAGCUUGAAGCGUUGUUUUAA